UGCGAUACGCCGCGGAAUCAGUCGCUUUCGUUGAGUGAAAAGGAAUCCACCGAAAAACGCGGGUUUCAGAUUUUCCAAGAUUUCGGUUCAAAUUUGUGUUUGAUUUUGAGUGGAUUUCGAGCCGGGAUGAAAUUAGUUCCGUUUCUGGCCGUCGCAGCGCUGGCGGUAAGCGCCGAGUGUCUGUCGCUCUUUGACCCGUCGCCGUCGUUCGAUUUUUCGCCGGAAUUGAUCUCACCAGACUCCUCAGAGGAAUGGGCCGCGCCCGCGGUCGACUCCUCAGAGGAAUGGGCCGCGCCCGCGGUCGAUUCCUCCGAGGAAGUUCCGGAUUUGACCCCCGAUGAAGAAAUCCCUUCGGACUUGGUUUUUUUUCGCAGGGGCUCCGUUUUCAGGGCCGCAGCGCAUAGGAUGCCCUCCCUUAGGAUGCCUCGGCCACCCUUAAGGAGAGUCAUCAUGGUGUCGGUGGAGCCCUCCCAUGACGAGGACCAGUUUGAGUCCGAUGAAGAUGCGAGCCUCCCCUCACCGCCAGCGAACCAACGUCCCUGGUCAGUCCCUAGGCACAGGUGGCCGGUCACGGAUCUCUCGGCGGAAGAACCGAGUCCUUUCGUUUUCCCAACGGUCCCGAGAGAGCAUUUCGACUGGCCUGAAUCUGUGGAACAAGCGUCGGACGAGUUAUCUGUUGGGUCUGAAUAUGUGAAAUUGAAGAACCUGCGGAAACUCAUAGCAUCGCGCCUGGCCGAUGGUAGGUCGCCCCGCAGGGCGCCCGCAGAGUGGCCGCAAGAGCAUCUGAAGUGGCCGCGAGAGGUAGAGACGCCCAAAAAACCCGCCAUCAUGCGCCCAGUUACCCGUGUCUCCACGCCCUCGCCCUUUGAGCGUGGUCUCGAGGAUCUGACGAGAGAGCUCAAAAAGGCUGAACAGGAAAAGGAAUUGGAUCGAGAAGUCGAUGCUAUCGAAUACAAGUACCACCCUAACGUUGUCCAGAUUGUUUGAGACGUCAAUACGAGAGAUAACGCAAGAGUUCUUCAAAGGUAGAGUAUGGCCCCUGGAAUAUCAAUUUCCGAUUGGCUUUAGUGGCGUGGCGUGAUAUGCAGUAUAUCGAUUGAUCUGGCAUUUAAACCCACGGAAAAGGAUCGAUUGAUAGGGUGUUCGCAACGAACACCUUAAUCAUCGAUUCUUUACCAUAGCUUCAAAUGGGGAAAAAUAGAUUUUUGAUCAUUCACGCCUCGCCACUGAGGCUCAGUCGUCUGGAGCCUAUGAGGCUUCAAAAAAAUGACGAUUAUAGUAUGUGGGGGAUUAAAAAGUGGAGAUAAUGAGGUUUAAUUUGCUUUUCGUACCAAGAACUUAACUCAAAUCAAGCUGUUAGGCAUAUUUACUCAAUUUUGAGACCAUUUCUGUGCAUUAUACAAAUAUUUUGAAAAUAUGUUGUAUUCAAAGUUUCUCGACGUUUAUUUUUUAUUAGUGAUAUGUAUGGAAUUAGCAAGCAGUAGGUAGAAUUUGUGCAAAAAUUAAGCGGUAUUUGUUGAGUUCAUCACAAACGGCUCCGAAAAUUCUAACUUUUGAAUUUAGAGUCAAAUGAAAUAUUUUGGUCUAUAUGUUUUUCUUUCACAAAUUGUCAACCUAUGUCACAUUAUUGUAUUGGAGACAGGCUAUAAAGUCAUUUACCUUCCUACAUACUCUUCUGAAACUUAUGAAAAAGUGCAAUCUAUUACUAAUAUGUUAUAAUAAACGAUUUUUCAUUACAGUGACAACACACUGUCAUAACAUUAACA